AUGUACCAGCACUGGAGACUAACACAACGCUGCAGCAAACCAGAAUGCUUGCAACGGUGUACACCUGACAGUGUCCACAUCCUAGCUGUUGUCACUGCUCAGAUGUUGCUAGUAACAAUCCUUGUAGUGGAAGGGAUUGCUGUUGCACAGAAGACCCAAGGUGGACAAAAUAUUGGAGUAAAUCGCAUUCCUCCUACCCAGUGUGACAACUGGGUACGGACAAGUAAUGGAGGACAUUUUGCUUCACCAAACUACCCUAACAUGUACCCACCAAAUCAAGAGUGCAUCUAUAUCUUAGAAGCUGCUCCACGACAAAGAAUUGAGUUGACCUUUGAUGAACCGUAUUACAUAGAACCCUCAUUUGAAUGUCGGUUUGAUCAUCUGGAGGUUCGAGAUGGACCUUUUGGUUUCUCCCCUCUCAUUAAUCGUUACUGUGGUCUGAAAAGUCCUACACUAAUUAGAUCAACAGGGAGAUUUAUGUGGAUCAAGUUUACUUCUGAUGAGGAGCUGGAAGGAAAGGGAUUUCAAGCAAAGUACUCAUUUAUACCAGAUCCUGACUUCACUUACCUAGGAGGUAUUUUAAAUCCCAUCCCAGACUGCCAAUUUGAGCUCUCAGGAGCUGAUGGAAUAGUACGUUCCAGUCAAGUAGAACAGGAAGGAAAAACAAAACCGGGACAAGCAGUUGACUGCAUAUGGACAAUUAAGGCUACUCCAAAUGCUAAGAUUUAUUUGCGAUUUCUCGACUAUCAGAUGGAGCAUUCCAAUGAAUGCAAAAGAAACUUUGUUGCUGUGUAUGAUGGAAGUAGUUCUAUUGAAAACCUGAAGGCGAAGUUUUGCAGCACCGUAGCAAACGAUGUCACACUGCAGACAGGGACAGGUGUGGUACGAAUGUGGGCAGAUGAAGGCAGUAGACUAAGCAGAUUCAGAAUGCUGUUCACUUCAUUUGUGGAUCCUCCCUGCUCAGGCAACACUUACUUCUGCCAUAGCAACAUGUGCAUCAAUAAUUCUUUAGUCUGCAAUGGCAUUCAAAACUGUGCAUACCCUUGGGAUGAAAAUCACUGCAGAGAAAAGAAAAAAAAUGGAUUGUUUGAACAAAUCACCAAGACUCAUGGAACAAUCAUUGGCAUCACAUCAGGGAUAGUUUUAGUUCUUCUCAUCAUUUCAAUUCUAGUGCAAGUAAAGCAACCUCGCAAAAAGGUUAUGGCUUGCAAGACUGCUUUCAAUAAAACUGGUUUCCAGGAAGUAUUUGAUCCUCCACAUUAUGAACUGUUUUCACUAAGGGACAAAGAAAUUUCUGCAGAUUUGGCGGAUUUAUCAGAAGAACUUGAAAACUAUCAGAAAAUGAGACGCCCUUCAGCAGCUUCCAGGUGCAUUCAUGACCACCACUGUGGCUCCCAGGCCUCUAAUAUAAAACAAAGCAGGACAAACCUCAGCUCCGUGGAACUUCCCUUUCGCAAUGAUUUUGCGCAGCCUCAGCCAAUGAAAACAUUUAAUAGCACAUUCAAGAAAAGUAGUUACACUUUCAAACAAACGCAUGACUGCCCUGAGCAAGUCAUAGAAGACAGGGUGAUGGAGGAGAUUCCAUGUGAAAUCUAUGUUAGAGGAAGAGAAGAUACAGCACAAGGUUCACUAUCUAUUGACUUCUAAUUUGCUAUUGAAGGUGGUAUCAGUGUACAUACAAGAUGCUUGUGUAUAAUGACAGUGUAUAUAUUACAAGUGUACUAUAUGCAGUGUGUGAGAUGCACACAUUUUUAGCUUAUUAUACUUCAUUUAAAAAAAAACAAAGUCUUCAUAACUAAUUCUUGCUGAAAAAUGAUGGACUUCCUCCCAUCUUCCGAAGCUACCUAUCUAGUGGAGGAGUAAGACACUAUUCAUGGAAAUUAUAAGCUAAGGAUAUUGGAAGAAAAAAAAGCAACAACUACUAAUCAUUGAUCACUGAAAACAACGACUACUCAUAUCAUUUUCUCUUCUUUAGAUGUCUGGUUUUCAAGACAAUUUUAAUACCUCAGUUACAUAAAUAAAAGUAGUUAAGUGCA